UUGUGGAAAGCUGGAGGGAAGGAGAUCACAGAGGCAAAGCAAGAGACUGGAGGCACAGUUAGCAGAAAAAAGAGCAAGAGAGAGGGGGGAAGUGAAAGAGAGAGAGAGAAUAGAAGACAGGACAGAUGCUACAGAUGGUCUCUUUGGCUUCUGCUCAUGACGGUUGAGCUGGGUUCAGCACUGCGUGUGUGUGUGACGCGCACGGGGGUGUGUGUAUAUGUGUGUAUGACGGCAGCCGCGGCAGCAGCAGGGGACGACGGAUCAAAGCCAUUGUAGGGCAUGAUGCAUUUACCAGCCUAACGUCGCUGUAUGAACACCGUACGCGAACCCCACGCACACACAUGCGCCACGCGUGUGUGGGGACGGCACCGAUGAAACAACGCUGUGGAUUUUUCCAGAACGCCGUGUUGAGGGAGGGGACAGCCUUGGUGGCCGUAAACCAGCGAGUGCGGUUGUAGGUGGGAUAGGGUCGGACCAUUUCCGUUGGCUUACUUUAAACAUCUGGAACACCAAAGAUGGAGAUCUCCCUUUAUCCCCUCACCCUACUCUUCUUCACGCCAGCGUGUGUUUCCUCUGAGCCGCGUCGCUGUCGCCGGGCUUGUCUGUCAGACGUGUGUGUGAGCCCCGUCGCAUCCGCAGAGGGAUUUGAGAACGUAUGGUGCUGAACAACUCACGCAGAACACACCUGGACAUCAGCUGUUCUAGGAGAACAGACACACGGAUACUUCUCUCUGCUCUACUAAAGGAUGGAUCCAGGAGAGGACGAGUGUACACGUUUCCUGCAGUACGUGGAGGACAGCGGUCUGAGGGCUUAUGAUGAGCUGGUCAUUCAAAACGCCUCUGACAUUGCACGAGAGAGCGACCGCGUCCGCAACCACACACAAUGGACAUACUUACAGGAGAAAAACCAGAAGAAAAGGCGACAGGAGGAGGCAAUCAAGAGGAUUGGCGAGGAUGUGGCCCGUGUAACAUCAGAAGGAGGUUAUGCGGGUAAACAUUUUCGAAUGGGCUUUAUGACAAUGCCGGCCCCUCAGGACCGUAUUUCUCCUUCCUGUGGGCCUGGCUUUACCGUACGCUCACAGUCUCUGCACUCGGUGGGUGGGAGUGAGGACGAGGGAAGCCCCACGUCCCGAAAACAGCCCCCUCCUAAACCUAGACGAGACCCCAAUACCAAACUCAGCACAUCAUCUGAGACCGUCAAUGCCGGGCUUAGCACGGGGAAGAGCGGACAGGAUCUGGAGAAAUGUGAUGCAUCUAAAUCCCGCCCAUGCAGCGAGGAAUAUCGACGCAUGCCUCCGCCCAAACCCAAACGUAACCCUAACACACAGCUCAGCACAUCAUUUGACGAGUCUUACAUCCAAAACCAUGGAAGCAAGGCCAAGUCGGCCUCUCUGCCGCGACGUCAGAAAAAGAAAUCAGCAUCCCAGAAUCAAAGCCCCGCCCCUGACAGCGAUGAAGAGGCGGAGCCUGUUUAUAUAGAAAUGGUGGGGAAUAUUUUACGAGACUUUGGUCGAAUCGAUGGAGCCAGCGGCGAAGAGGAGGAUGAUCAGGGUGAAUGCGUAUAUGAGGAAAUGAAAUACUCUGCCUACGAUGAUAUGGCGUCAUCUUUAGACCACACCCAGUCUCGCUGGGACCAGUGCCCGACUCCUUUAGUGCCAGAGGUAGAACUUACACGACCCACCACACCGCGCGGUUCACUCUGUGACAUUCCUGCACCUUUCCCAAAUCUGCUCUCCCAUCGUCCACCACUGCUAGUAUUCCCACCCGCACCUGCCCAGUGUUCCCCUAACUCUGACGAAUCCCCUCUUACGCCGCUGGAUGUCACCAAACUGCCUGUGCUAGAUAACACUGGAUAUGGCAAACCUGGAGCAUCCCCAACUACCGCUGAACCUGGACAGCAGCUGGACGCACAGCAGGUGUCUGGUAAACACCAUCACCACCACCAUCAUCAUCAUAAAAAGUCAGCUGAGACUAAGGAGCAACAGACGAUCACAGCAUCAGGCCGGUCGUCUGCACCACCCCUGCCAUCUGCGCAGUACAAAAGUGGAGGUUCAUCCACAGCGCACGGUUACCCGCGGAGCCACUCCGCCUGCCCGUCGCCUGUUAGUAUGGGCCGUGCGUUAACCCCGCUCACCUUGAAACGCCCCCCGCCGUACGAUGCUCUUAUGACCGGCACGAUUCCACGCAGUGCGUCUGGAGUUCCGCCUGGAUCACGUGAAAGCGGGCGGCUCUCGAACUCAUCCAGCACGCAUGGGGGUUCGAUGCAAAACGUUUCCACGGCAUCCUGUUCGGGAGGGUCCAGCUCAGGGUCGGGAGGUCGAGGCAGUCGUACGCCAACCAGUCCACUGGAUGAGCUUAGCAACCUGUUCACCUCUGGACGAAACAUGCUGAAGAAAGGAUCUGGAGGACGCAAAGGGAAAGAGGCAGCAGAUGGUGAAAGUAAAGGCAGAAGUGACAGCAGAGAAAGAGCUCUUCAUAGUUCUUCUCCAAAAUCACAAGAUUGGGAAACACCCACAGGACAAUCAGCCACACCCACCGCCACGCCCAGUCGAUUUGGCCGCUCCUCUAUCAGCCCGACCACUAUGCUUGGGGAAACAAAAGGCGGAUGUAAACUAGGUCGCUCUGCCUCCACAUCCGGAGUCCCAUCCCCUGUGGGAACGCCCCAAAGACACGCCCCUGACCCAUCUGGAAGCCCGUGCCAGAUGCCCCCAAUGCCAUGGGCAUGUGGGGACAGCACCAUGAUGGAGAUGAUCGAGAAGAAACGUCACCUGUGCAAGGAGAUUAAAGCCAGACAGAGACCUCCAGACAAAGCUUUGUGCAAGCAGGACAGCAUGCCCAUCCUCCCCAGCUGGAAGAAGACUAACGGGGGAAAGAAAUUCGGUCCCCCUCCAUAUUCCACCCAAACCACUGUAUUCUGGGACACUGCUAUAUAAUGGUGUGCAGCCAUGGAGAUGCACAGACACGCUGGCCAGGGGGCGUGUCCAAACAGUGAUUGACGGCUAGCAGGAACAAAAAAAUAUGUGAAGGCUUAUCAAAUCUCCCUGGUUUCCUAUCGUUGUUUAUAUUUGAUAUUUUUAUAUUGGAAAUUACUGUCUUAAUAUUAAAUAUGCUUAGCGGUUUUAUAAAGAGGAACUCUCUGAAUGAUAAGAAAACAGAUUGAAAAUAUUACACUUUUUCCCAUUGUCCUCUUUGAAAUGUUAUUUUUAUUUAUUUCUUUUUUGGGGUGUUUCUAUAUUUGACACUCAUCUGUGUGUCUGGGGAAAUAAUCUUAUAAUGUGUGGUGAAAUAUGUGCAGUAACUCCAUCGAGAGCAUUGUUUUUUUGCCUAUGCAUCGGGUUAAUUGGCAUGGAUGGCAUUUUUGUUGAUAAUGUAUGAGUUUAUUUGAAAAUAAUAUAUUUUUGGUGUCUGUAUUUUAAAUGUCAGAUUGUGGUUGUGUUCAGGCUGUUGUUCCUAUGAUUUCUGGGUUGGACUUGAAGGUGAUUGGCUGGAUAAGGUCGUGGGUUUGAUUGGUUGGAUAGGAGGGUGAUCUUAUCCAUCUUUUUAUACAGUAGGUGGUUGGUCAGAUCAACUGUGAAAAACUGGCAGGUGCAUUCAAAUGUGAGUCUUGAAAACUCACAAACACACUUAUAUCAGCUGCUCAAUGGCUCUAUUUGGUGCUCUUUCUUCUUGAAUGUUCAACUUUAUUUAACAGCUAUAUGACAGUCACACACAAGUACCUGUGAAGAACGCAACAGAUAAGCACAUAUUGGAUUGGUUCGCAUAUACCUGAUCAGGGAAUGGAUAAUGACACAUAUUGGCAGAAUUACUGACUGAGACACCAAGCUGUGACCAGGGAGAGAGAGAGACGUUUCAUUCAUCACAGUGGCUUUCAUAAAUCUGACCGUACAACAGAUAAGUGUCUAAUGCAGACGGCAUCCUUUUAUGAACCACUAUGCAGACAUACUGUCAAUUUUCACGCUCAUAUAUCACUGCGACAAGAGUCAAGGGCAGGCAUGAGACAAUAUCAUACAGAAAAAGCUUUCUGAAGGGAAUGCACAAAGGCUCAGCUCAGACAGAAAAGCACAGGCUUAUAUCAAACGAUCUGCUUUAAGGUUAUUCCCAUAGCUCUUCCACAUUUUAUCACGGUCAAAAUGAAAGAACUACACCAGUAUACGAAAGCACAUCGGACUGCAAAAAAGAAACAAGAAAUCUGGCAAGGCAUGCAUUGGUCAAAACCGACUCUGAAAUCCUUGCUAAUGUGCCAAUGCUUGCUAUAAAUUCUCGUUUUCGAACAUGCCAACACAUUAAAUCGAUGUUGCAUAGCUAGAUGCAUUGCAUUCUUGGGUUAGGGAAUGUUACAGGCAAAGAGUCCAGGUCAUUUAAACAGGGACGUUUGAGAUGGACUGGGUUUACAUUACGAUUUCAAGUAUACAGAAACGUUGUUAAUGUUUUGUGAGGUGUGAUCAGGUGUUUGGUGCCACUUAGCCAUUGGCUGUCUAUGCAGUCAGCCAUAUGCGGGACCAAUGAAGAUUUUUUUAGAGACAUGAGCGCUUUUAAACUUCAUGGAGACACUGUGCUCUCUAGUUCUUUGCACUGCUGUGGGCAGGACUGUGAUGUCAUGCGAAAGCUCUGAUUGAUAUCUGCUCAGGUGAGAUAAAGCCACACCCCUAAGGAUGGGGCCAGAUGUGUGAAGCCCCUCCCCUUACUGCCAUCACAUACCAGAUCACUAACAACAUACAGUAUCAUAACAACUGCACGUAAAAAUACAUAGACAUCCAUGCACACAUCAUGCUUAUACACAAACGCAGGUACAUACAUACACAAAGCUGGCAUCCAAGUAAAACGCAUUGCCUUGGAGACCUGGGUUCACUGUGAUUUAAACGUAACUUUAGGGAGGGGCUCAAAGGUCAGAGGUAUGAUGUCAUAACGGUUUACAAAUGGAGGAUUAAUCCUGCAAUUAUUGCAUCACUAAGGGCCAGACUUUCCCAGAUUAAACAAGAACUAGGUAAUAUAAGGACAUUGAAGUAGUUCAUAUAAACAUUCCUUACAAAAACAAUACUGGUGUGCAUCUUGCGACAAAACAAUGGCACUGAUAUAUUAUGUUAAGAAAGGUCAGUGCAAGAUCCGCUUUAGUCAAACAUGCCUGGUCCGGAAAACUACUCUGAGAAAUAGCUACUGGUAAAAAAAACCUAUGUUAGGGAUGCACAGCAGUAACAUUUAUUUACCAGUAGAGGGCAGUAGCAGUGUACAUGUAGUAUCCUUCACAUGCACUGUGUCCCAAUUCACAUACAUAAACUGUGGACUAAAAAGUAUUACUAUCCUUCACUAGUGAUGAGAAAAGUGCAUACUUUAAAGUAUAUAUAUGAUAUUACAACUUUGUAGACACAUAACAUCAUGUCACGCCAUGUUAAAGACACACCUGCCUCUUGUUUGUGUUUGCAUGUCGGCAUUAGAAUUUACUUUUAAGUUCAUUAAUGUAACUUUUGAGAUGUAUAUGUUAUUCAAAGCUUGGACAACUUCACCUGCAAAACUUGAAGGAGAACUUUAAUAAAUGCAUCUGAUUUAGUGGGAAAUAUUCCCUGCAAAACAUUGUGCUAAAAAUAAGGAAUACAUAAGGAAAAUAAUAAGAUUUAAGCACCUUUACUUUUAACAUGAUACAAAAUUGGCAAAUUUUUACUUUGGGUAGUUAGUUACUCCUACAUAUACAUUGUGAAUUGGGAUGCAGGCAUAUAAACUGAGAAUACUAUCAUAAAUGUAACUUUUUCUAAACGCUAUAAAGAUCGAAAGCCAAAAUCAAAAUGUUCAGGUCUCUGGGGAAUUAUCAGGCAAUAUCAUGGGCUAAUAGCAUUAAGAUAUUUUUAUUGAGACUUUGUUUUGAAUAUAAUAGCUAGGUAAUCUGAAAAUAUUUCACUUUAAGAGCCAGAGUUCAAACCGGACGUACAUCACUUAACACAGUUAGCUUAGCUAUUUGCAAGGGUCGGAUAUAAAAUGACCUAAAAUGAAGCCGGACAGGUUCUCGAGCACUUGUGAUGCAAUUGAGUAAUUUUAAUGUGAACGGUUAUGAAAUGUGAAUACGGGUUUAUGUGGCACAUAUUGACAAUGCUUUGAUAGUUUCUUCUUUAACCAAGUCAAAAACCACCAUUUGUGUCACAAAUAAAAUGAAAGAGCCACUUACUGUACCAGGUCCUCCAGAGUAGUUAGCAGUAAUCUUGCAGUGCACUUAUAUUUUACACAUACAAAGUGAUCUUCUGAUAUACAAUAUUCUUUAUCCCUAGAUGUUGAAGAAAAAACACAAUGAAUCAAUGUAUACUCCACUUUAAAAAAAAACAAUGAAAUGUAAAGUUGGAUAAAAAAGAGAAACCUUUGAAAUUAUGGUUGACACACAAGCUUCUCAUUCACACACACAAACUUUCUCUCUUUGCAGUUUUGGGUUUUGCAGUAUGUAAAUAUUCUCUAGUUUAAUCAGUGGAUGGGUUUGUUGCACUAUUGGUGUGUGACAUAAGCACAGUGGUUUCCAAGUAUGUCUGUGUAUGUGUGUGCGCGUGCGCGCGUGCGUCUUUUGCACUCAGAGUGUUGCAGUCUACCUUUUCUAGUAUUUUUAUUUUGAAAUGUUGAAAAAAAGAGUACACGCGAAAAGAGUAUGCUUAUUGUAACCGGUUUCUUUUAAUAAUAAUUUACAGACUAUGACAGAAAUAAAUACAUAUGUUUUUGCAUA